AUGUCGCAUACAGGUACAUUUAGAGGCACCACCACGCCCAAUAAGACCAUCGGGAGAGGAAGGCUGCCCGACUUCGACGGCUCCAAUUCCAACGCUUCUCACAUCCCCCGACCCCGAUCCGACCGCCCUGAAAUCCCUACCUCCCACCAAACCCCAUCUAGUGACGUUGGUAGCGGAACCGGCACCAUGAGCGCGGCUAGUAGCAGACAACGACAGACGCAGUCAAAGCGUGAUGAGGCAAUCCGUAUCAAGAUGGAGGCCAACCUGAACAAAAAGAGACAAGGUCAGGCCAAGGCUACUCGGUCUCGCAAGGCCCCGCCGGGCACUGUUCUAGCUUUGAAGCCCAGUCAGGCUCUCCAAAUUAAGCCCUCUCUCAGCAUCGCCGAGGCCGCACAGUUGAUGGCCGCUAAACGAGAGGACUGCGUGUUGGUUACCGACGAUAACGAGCGAAUCGCUGGUAUUUUCACUGCAAAGGAUUUGGCCUUCCGUGUUAUUGGAAUGGGCCUGAAGGCGCGUGAGGUCUCGGUCGCGGAAAUUAUGACCAAGAAUCCCCUAUGUGCACGAACCGACACUAGCGCAACCGAUGCGCUUGACCUGAUGGUCCGAAAGGGAUUCCGACAUUUGCCCGUUAUGGAUGAGAACCAGGACAUCUCGGGUGUACUGGAUAUCACCAAGUGCUUCUACGAUGCGAUGGAAAAAUUGGAGCGUGCCUAUAGCUCAUCCCGAAAGCUCUACGAUGCGUUAGAGGGUGUGCAAACCGAGCUUGGUUCCAGUCAACCUCAGCAGGUUAUCCAGUACGUGGAGGCUUUGCGAUCGAAAAUGUCUGGUCCUACCCUUGAAACUGUGCUCGACGGUAUGCCGCCAGUGACCGUCUCUGUCCGAACUACCGUGAAGGAUGCGGCAGCUUUGAUGAAAGAGCACCACACCACUGCCCUGCUCGUCCAGGACCAGGGUUCAAUCACUGGAAUCUUCACUAGCAAAGACAUUGUUCUUCGUGUCAUUGCCCCAGGUCUCGACCCAGCCACUUGCAGUGUGGUUCGCGUAAUGACCCCCCACCCUGAUUUUGCUCCCUCCGACAUGAGCAUCCAGGCUGCGCUUCGUAAGAUGCAUGAUGGUCAUUAUCUCAAUCUGCCCGUUAUGAAUGAAGGUGGAGAAAUUGUUGGCAUGGUAGAUGUCUUGAAGCUCACAUAUGCCACUCUGGAACAAAUCAACACAAUGUCGACUCAGGAUGAUGAAGGUCCCGCAUGGAACAAGUUCUGGCUUUCGAUGGACCAUGAGUCGGACUCUAUGGUUUCCGGCAGCGCAAGCCACCAGCCCCAUACCCCACACCGCUCUGUUAUGAGCCCCGACCUGGCUCGGUCGGGCUAUGAUAACAGUGUCCUUCCUAAUGAAUCAGCAUCACACAAUGGCGAGGAGCACUCGGAAGUAGCGUCACAACAACACCAUCAUCACCAGCCUGCUGAAGAUGCUCCAUUCCCGUUCAAAUUUAAGGCCCCCAGUGGUCGUGUGCACCGUGUCAAUGUGCUGACAAGUGCUGGUGUGGAAGACCUUGUUAAGCAGGUUACUGCUAAGCUUGGUGGCGAGCUGGAAGCUCUACAUGGACAACGAGGGGAUACCGUUUCGAUUACCACUGAUCAAGACAUGCUGGAUGCCAUCAGUCUCUCCCGUCAGAUACGUCGUGACAAGGUUGAUCUCUUUGUUCAUGAUCCGGCUCAACCACCCAUCCCGGCCACCGUUGAGCCCCAGCCAGUAACAGCUCCCACACCGAUCAUUGAAGAGCAUAGCAGUGUUGCGGAUGAGACUGCUACAGAGGAACCCGUGGCCAAGCCUCGGGCCCAGCAAUUCUCUUCACACGGCCAUGGUCCUGAAGACCAACUUAUUGCCGGUGUUCCUAACGAUCUGCUCUUACCCGGUGCAAUUGUCACCUUGGCUGCAGUCAUUGCGGGUGUGUUUAUUCUGAGCCGACCCAGCGGCCGCUAA